AUGAGUUUCUUUCAACGUUUAUUUGGUAACUCAAAUAAAGAAGAUCCAAAUAAAAUAACAACACAUGGAGCUAUUCAAAAGUUAUCCGAUGUUGAAGAAACUCUUAAUAAAAAACAACAAUAUUUAGAAUCUCAAAUUGAGAUUGAAAAAGCUAAUGCAUUACUUAAUUCAAAACAAGGAAAUAAACGUGCAGCUUUAAUGGCUAUGAAACAAAAAAAAAAACAUGAAAAAGCUUUAAUUCAAAUAGAUGGAACUUUAACAACAUUAGAAAUUCAACGAGAAACAUUACAAAAUGCAUCUAGUACUAUGGAAAUUUUACAAGCUAUGAAACAAGGAGCUAAUGCUUUAGAAAAAGCUAAUCAACAUUUAAAUCCUGAUGAUAUUGAGAAGUUAAAAGAUAAAAUAGCUGAAGAACUAUAUAUUGCUGAAGGCAUUGCCACUGCAAUAUCAACACCACCAUCAGGAACUUCAGAUUUAUAUAAUGAUGCUGAUUUAGAAAGAGAAUUAAACGAAUUAGCUGAACAAGAUACCACGGAUACUUAUUCAUUACCAAAUGUACCCAUAACAAAUGAAGUUCCAUCAAAAAGUGAAUCAGUACGAAAACCUGAACCAUUAGUUUCAUCGUGA